CUAGCUAGAAGACGAAACUAAGUACAGAUUAAUUAUGGAACUCCAAAGCACCUUCCUCUUAGGCCUCCUACUUGUUCUUGGGUGUGCAGUUACAAGUAUUGGAGCUACUAAUUCAAAGCAUUCUGUUGCUACAUGUAGCGCUGCUUUGCUAAACCGGAGCAGUUUCCCGGAAGGUUUCUUAUUCGGGGCAGCUGGAUCGGCGUACCAGUAUGAAGGUGCUGCAAAUGAAGGUGGUAGAGGACCAAGUAUAUGGGAUACAUUCACUCACAAAUAUCCAGAGAGGAUAAAGGACCGCAGCAAUGGAGAUGUGGCUAUUGAUCAAUAUCAUCGCUACAAGGAAGAUGUUCAGGAUUUGAAGGAUACGGGUUUUGAUGCUUACAGAUUUUCAAUCUCAUGGUCUAGAGUUUUAGAUGAGUAUAGUUAUAUCAUCUGUUAA